CCUUACAUUGGGGGGCUCCGAGGGUGUCAGAAGUGGGGAGCUCCAAACCCUGCUUGUGGAGCAUCCCCCUGGCGUUGCUUCCCAGCCAAAAGGCAACCCCAAAGCCUCAUGGAUUUCACCCUUAGGAUCUGAUGCAGCUCACCUUUCCCAAUGCCUCCCUCGCCUCUAGAAGAACGGAUCGGCGUGUUGCAGCGACCCAAGACGUUGGCCUUGCGCCUCAACCACAGUUUCUCCAACAACGGUGGCGGCGAGAGGCAGCAGCUGUCUCCGGUCCGCAAGCCGUCGGGCCAGGCCUCGCCACCUCCGAAGGGACCCUGCGAAGAGGCCCUCAAGACCGUUCUCCAGCCCAACCAAUCCUACCCCGUUGACCUCAAGUUAUCGACGGGGGGGACGCAAGGCCGCGUAUCGGAGAGGAACCCUUCCCUGCAGCUGGGUCCUAAGCCAGGUGAGAAGAAAGGGGUGCCCGGCCCCCCACUGAAGGUCCUUUUGCCUCAGGCCAAGUUGAAGAAACGGUGCUUCAAGGAGAACUCCAAGCCGGUGUUGGACACCUCCGCCAGCUCCUCCUGCCUUUCCAGCCCCGCUAGCACCAUGCACCCCUUGAAAUGCGGCUGCCGGGGCUGCUGGCGGCUGAUGCGCUGCGACGACACCAACCCCAAGUCCGGCCUGCGUUCGCUGGGAUGCUUCUCCUGCCGCUCCAGCCUGCGUUCCUUGAGCUGCUCCAGCCCGCCGUCAGUCAAGAAGCUGGGCUGCCUGCCCUGCGCCCCGGCAGCCCUACGGACCCUGGCUUGCCUCGCUUGCAACCCUUCGGUCAAGUCCGUCAGCUCCUCCUGCAGCUUCUGCAGCAGCGACCCCAUCGUGGCCUACGACCCUCGGGGUUCUUCGCCUGCCCCCAGCUGCUACGGCGGGGACGACGACGACGACUACAGCGUCCGCACCAUCUGGCCGGACGAGCUGGCCAAGAAGAUGACCAGGUCACGGGCCCAGCAGCAGCCGUCCCCCUUGAUCCUGGACUGCCGGAACCUGGUGGAGUUCACCAAGAGCCACCUGCAGGGCGCCAUGCACUUCGGAGCGGUGGAUGCCGCGGGGCGGCGGCGCCUCCAGCAAGGCAAGCUGGCUAUGCUGGAUUUCAUUUCCUCGCGGGGGGUCGGCGACGGCAGGGACUCUUCGCUCCAGCGCCUCUGGCCCAAAGAGCAGAACGGCUGCACCGGCGCAGAGACUCUGACGCUCCCUGCCGGCAUCCCCAAACCCACCAAACCGCCCUCCCCGAAUCUGCAUCUGGUCUUGGAUCUGCUCAACAAAGAUGGACAAGAGGGGACGGGCAGGAAAGGCAGCCUGGUGACACCAGAGAUUGCAGAUGGGCCGGAGGAUUUGGGCCCGCCGCUCACGCCUGACCUGGAGAAUGCUGAGCUGAGCCCCAUCCUGCCUUUCUUGUUCCUGGGCAACGAAAGAGAUGCGCAAGACCUCGAGCGGAUGCUGAGCCUCAAUGUGGGGCACGUCCUCAACGUCACCACCCACCUGCCCCUCUAUCACGCUGAGAGCGGGCGCCUCCGCUACAAGCGUCUUCCAGCCACCGACAACAACCGCCAGGACCUGCGCCAGUACUUCGAGGAGGCCUUCGAAUUCAUUGAGGAAGCUCACCAGAGCGGCAAAGGCGUCCUCAUCCACUGCCAAGCCGGCGUCUCACGCUCGGCCACCAUCGUCAUCGCGUACCUGAUGAAGCACACUCUUAUGACCAUGGGCGACGCCUACAAGUACGUCAAGGGCCGGCGCCCAGUCAUCUCCCCCAACCUUAACUUCAUGGGCCAACUGCUGGAAUUUGAAACGGACCUCAAUGCCGGCAUCACGCCCCGUAUCCUCAGGCCCAAACUGGCCGGAGUGGAGACCGAGGUGUGAGAACGACAGGACGGCGAGGAGAGCCGCAGCCGCCGUCAAUCUCAGGACCUGGGAGGGUGGGAGGAGUGGGUCGUGCAAUAAGGGACCGAUGGGCCAACCAAAGCAUGGUGCACGGGUUGGGGGUGCGUGUUGGGGCUCUACGGCUGCUGGACCAGAUCCCUCAGAACGCCAGUCUGCAACUGCCUCGAGGCCCCACUGACUCGCACAUACUCCAAGUACUAUGAAAGCCGGUUUCCAUGGGCCUGGCUUCAAUUUGGGAGGACCUCGUUUCUACGUCGGCUUCUCAAAACUUUCUUAUCCGGGUUGGGACGGGGAGUGGGUGGGGUUUGUGUGUGGCCGUGUGAUACUGCCAAGUUUAACUUAUUGGGGUGGGGAGUGUGUGUGUAAUUUAAGGGGGGGCUCUGCCCCUUUUCCCUCUCCCUUUUAUCCAGAUGCUGCUUCCCCUUCCCACCCUUUUUUACCAUUUUGGAGAAAGAACUGAGGGGGUGGGGCCCCUCUAAGGAUUCGGAUAUGUGUAUAACAGGGAGCACAGGUUUCUCCAUUUUUUUUCUUCAGAUUUUAAUGCUCAGGAUUGCAGAAUCUCCUCUGGAUUUAACACUUAGUGUGGAAUGAGAAGAUUUUGGGGAGGGGGAUGUAAACUAUAACACCUUCCCGCAUUUCUUUGCCGAGCAGGGAAGGGACCUCAUAUCUUAUUUAUUUACUGGAACUGCACUGCUGUUUGUUUGUUUUUAAUUUUGAGGUUCAUUUAUAACCACCAACCUGUUGCUAAUAUAUGGGGGGGGGGAUAAGAUGGGGGGGGGGAGGCAUUGAGCAUCUCUUUCCUUUGUCCCACCCAUAAGAGUUUAGACAUUUCCCUCUGUCCCACUUCUCAGGACAAUAUAGUAUAAGGAUGAGUCUUCCGCUUUUAAGGCCAUGGGGUAGGAACAUUGGAACUGUUUUUUUGGGGUGGGGGUCAAGACCAGGGAAAGAUCUCCCUCCUCUAGGGUUUACUCUGGAUUUCCUGGAGCAAAGAUCCUGGGAAAUUCAGUACGGGGAGUCUUUCUUGAUCUUGAGAUGCAAUAUACUUGUGUGUUUUGGGGGUGGAUUUUCACUGUUUUGUUCCUUGCUGCCUGGUGCUGGAAGGCCAGGGUAUAUUAGUGUGUGUAUGUGUGUCAUCGGUUGGCGGGUUCCCUCGUUUUGUUAGUCUUUUGGCUGUUUUCCCUUGUGGCAUCUGAACCCAUCACCAGCAAUGACUUCUGGGAGGGCAGGUGUGGUGUUUAUGUAUAGACGUGGUACAUUGUAGAGGGGGUUGUAUAGGCAGACCCCAUCAAAUACCGCCUAAAGGGAGGGAUGUCACCCACAAAGCUGUGAGAUAACAUGGAGGACACAGGAAAACAUCCCACCACUUGAUCAGGAAUGUCACAUGCCUAUUAUUUUCCCUAAUAUCAGAUUUGGGAGGUGUUCCCAUAAUUUUUUCAAACACUCCCUCAGAAUCCUAAGAACAAGCCAGCUGGAUCAGACCAGAGUCCAUCUAGUCCAGCUCUCUGCUACUUGCAGUGGCCCACCAGGUGCCUUUGGGAGCUCACAUGCAGGAUGUGAAAGCA